CGUAGAUUUUACGUCAGAUAUUUCAUCGUAGCUGCCUUGAGUGCGAAGGAACCUGCGUGACUCAUUGUGCGUAGCUCAAGCAAAAGUAGCGUGAAGGGGGAAUGUCGGCUUGUGAAUGAUCGGUGUUAGAGGCGGCAGGGACCGUUAACGUUAUGGCUCAACAAAAGAACCUGGAUGGAUACGUUGGCUUUGCAAGCCUCCCCAACCAAGUGUACAGGAAGUCUGUCAAGAGGGGCUUUGAGUUCACCCUGAUGGUUGUGGGUGAGUCAGGACUGGGGAAGUCAACCUUGAUUAAUUCGCUGUUCCUAACAGACCUGUACUCAGCAGAGUAUCCCGGACCUUCACACAGAAUCAAAAAGACUGUACAGGUGGAGCAAUCUAAAGUCUUAAUAAAGGAAGGAGGUGUCCAGCUACUGCUCACAAUAGUUGACACCCCGGGGUUCGGAGAUGCUGUUGACAACAGCAACUGCUGGCAGCCAAUCAUCGACCACAUAGACAGCAAGUUUGAAGACUACCUGAACUCAGAAUCACGAGUGAACAGACGACAGAUGCCCGACAGUCGAAUCCACUGCUGCCUUUAUUUCAUCGCCCCGUCUGGACAUGGACUGAAGCCCUUGGACAUUGAGUUCAUGAAACGGUUGCAUGAAAAAGUCAAUGUCAUCCCACUGAUCGCCAAAGCAGACACUCUCACCCCGGAGGAAUGCCAACAGUUCAAGAAGCAGAUCAUGAGAGAAAUCCAAGAGCACAAAAUCAAGAUUUACGAGUUUCCUGAGACAGAUGACGAAGAGGAGAACAGGCUGGUUAAGAAAAUUAAAGACAAGCUGCCGCUGGCUGUGGUGGGGAGCAACACCAUCAUUGAGGUGGAUAGCAAGAGGGUGAGAGGAAGACAGUACCCCUGGGGGGUUGCAGAAGUUGAAAACAGCGAUCAUUGUGACUUCACUAUCCUCAGGGACAUGCUCAUCAGAACUCACAUGCAGGACCUGAAGGAUGUGACAAACAACGUCCACUAUGAAAACUACCGCAGCAGGAAGCUGGCCGCUGUCACCUACAACGGAGUGGACAACAAUAAAGCAAAAGGACAGCUGUCCACCAAUAUGGACACAGUUGAAGGAAUGAGUCCCCUGGCCCAGAUGGAGGAGGAGAGGCGAGAGCAUGUGACUAAAAUGAAGAAGAUGGAGAUGGAAAUGGAGCAGGUGUUCGAGAUGAAAGUCAAGGAGAAAGUGCAGAAGCUCAAAGACUCUGAGGCAGAGCUUCAGCGGCGUCACGAGCAGAUGAAGAAAAACUUGGAGGCUCAGCAUAAGGAGCUGGAGGAGAAGAGGCGCGUCUUUGAGGAGGAGAGGUCAAACUGGGAGGUCCAACAGAGGAUGGAGCAGCAGAAAAUGGAGGCUUCCAGGACUCUGGAGAAAAAUAAAAAGAAAGGAAAGAUCUUCUAAAGACAGUCAGCGGGACUUGCCUAAUUCCAGUUAUUUUUGUCUGCCAACGUUGCCGGUCAGAACACCAGAAUGUGGCGCUCUGACACCACCUAUCUCCCAACUUCAUUUCCUCUCUUCUUCCCCGUUCUCCCUCUCCCUUGUGCUCUACCUGCUCCCAGCCACUAGAGGUCAUACUCGGGCCAGUUUUAGUUUCUUCUUUCUGUGAGGUCAGAGGGGUCUGCGUGUACAGCCACAACCGCAUCCACAGAGCCCCCCCCCCCCCCCCUCACUGCCCGGGACUCAUCAUCAUCAUUAAGGAAUGUGUUUACCAGAACUACAAGAAAAAAAUGACUCCCUUUCAUUAAGGCCAAACCCACAUUAUUAUUUUAAUCAUUAUUAUCAUGGAUGUUAUAAUUGUUGUUGUUCUAACUCAGUACUGUCCCCACCCUCAGCUGCUGCUCUCUUUUUCAUCUCCAAGGUGGCUUUUAAAUGACCAGUGUGUACAGAUUUGUGGAGAGCAAAGACAAAAAAACGAUCUCUCAAAAGUUACGUUUGACAGUUGAACAAUCAGUUUAUGUUGAAUUUUGUGUUUACAGGAAAGAACGUGUUUGACAAAUUAAUCUGAUCUCACACUUUAAAAUAAGGAGAGGACGGGGUUUUAUAUUGAAACCUGCAAACCUCGUCUCUUGAAUAAAAUGAGACAGGAAAACCUGACAUCCAGAGAAAAAUAGCAUGCACCUUGGGCCUUUUUAUAGACUUCUAAGAAAUCGCUGAAGUUUUUUUCUGAAGUGUAACAAGUUCUUUUCUCUGUGUUUAGCUAUUUCCUCUAGCCUUGGACCACCAUUUAUAAGUGUUAUAUUUCAUUUUAGUUUAUUUUUAUAUAUAUAUCGAGCCAGCUAAAGUAAUAACUUUUGUAUGUUUAGUAAAUUCUCACAGACUGACAGCAGUGUCUUCUGUCAAACUCGUAUAAAAGUCCUCUGGAGGCUUUAAAAAGAAAAAUUGGCGUCACUGUGGAUGCGGAUGCGUGGAAAAUGAAGUCAACACCACACUUUGCUUUGGCUAUGUACUCCAUCUUUAUUUUUAAUUUUAUUUUUCAUUUGUAAUGUACAAUGUCACUUAAUAAACGUGAUGGUAUUUA